CAUCUGCUUUUGCACACUCAGUGGAAGUAUGAAAAGAAGAGGCUAUAAUAUACGAGUGCCUCAAUAAUUUUGAAAUCUGGUUGAAAGUUCUUCUGCACAACUGAUGGACAGUGUAAGAAAGCUCGAACAGACGAUGGAGACAACUUCAUCUGAGUUCCUGAACUCUUCUUCAUACAAGGAAGUCUUCUGGAGUUACCAAACUGAGCUAACCAGAAACUUCUCUUCGGAAGCCCCAAAUGAUACUGUCUGUCUCAUAAAUGAAGGCUCCUUGUCUCUUGUUUUCAUCAUUUUUUACUCCAUUAUUUUUGUCAUUGGAUUGGUUGGCAAUAUUAUAGCCUUGUUUGCUUUUUUCUACAUUAAUCACAAAAGAAAUUCUAUCCAGAUUUACCUGCUUAACGUAGCCAUUGCAGACCUUCUACUGAUCUUCUGCCUCCCCUUCCGUAUACUAUAUCAUAUUAACAAAAACACAUGGAUGUUGGGAUUGAUUUUCUGCAAGAUUGUAGGAACCCUAUUUUAUAUGAACAUGUACAUUAGCAUCAUACUGCUGGGAUUAAUUAGCGUGGAUCGUUAUGUAAAAAUUAACAAGUCUAUACGACGUCCAAAAAUGUUAACAGCUACAGGAAGCAGAAAUAUCUGUUGCAUAUUGUGGACAAUUGCAGUAAUAGCAUUCAUAAUGACAGUUGCUCAGUCUGUUAAGAGGGAAGAAUACAAUUCAACUAUGUGCUUCCAUUACAGAGAUAAACAGAAUGCAAAAAUGGAGGCAAGUUUAAACUAUAUUCUUGCUAUAAUCUUUUGGAUAGUUUUCUUUCUCCUAAUACUUUCAUAUAUUAAAAUUGCGGAGAACCUUCUGAAAAUUUCCAAGAAAAGAGCAGAUUUCCCCAAUGCUGGAAAGUACAGCACCACGGCAAGAAAUUCCUUCAUUGUACUUAUUAUUUUCACCCUGUGUUUUGUACCAUUUCACACAUUCCGAUUUGUCUACAUUACAUCACAAUUACAACACACAUCUUGUAACUGGAAGGAGAUAAUUCACAAAUGCAAUGAGAUAAUGCUUUUAUUUUCAGCUUUCAACAGCUGUUUAGAUCCAGUUAUGUAUUUCCUAAUGUCCAGCAGUGUUCGUAAGACUGUAUUCCGACUUAUUUGUAGAACACUUCAUGGGGACUCAAGUGUGAGUGAUAGUAUUUCAGAAAUGAAACCUGGGCAAUCUCGUCAUGAUACUGCAACUACCAUUACCCCCCAUUCAAGCUUUUUAAAGAAAAAUUCCCUCAUCUGACAAGCAGAUAAUCUACUAGAUAAUCGACACUGGAUGUACAUGUGUAUAGGAAUGUACAACAAAACAGAGCUGAUAAUACUGCCUCAAGAAAAGCCUUUCCCCCCUCCUUUCCUUCCUUUUUUACAAAUAUGGGAGGUCAUACUUCAACUGCUUAAACAAAUUAAAAAUGAUUUUUGGUGAGAAAGAGCUUAACAUUUUUAUUACAAAUCAAUAUGAAGUUUGAAACCUUCAUGUAAAGAUUCAUUUAAGACAGGAUUCAUCUAGAGCACUUUCUUUCAGGGGCAAAUUUUCAAAAUGUGACCUUGAUGUGCGCGCAAGAAGCUUUACACACAUAAAUACUUGGUACACAUUUAUUAGCA